GGAAUUGCUCUUGGCUUCAGCCUUGUCACCUCUUGGCUUUCCAAUUAAACUUUCUUGGUUGUAUUAUUCCCCGACGAGUAUAUUUCUUUGGAUUUUCUCAAGAUGGGAGGAGGCACUUCAUUGUGGGCUUCCCCUGAUUGGAAGAGUGACCCCAAGGAGAUCUUCAACAGACAACUCGCCCUUGUCAGCGUCACUGUCGCAUUUGCCGGCUGCGCUUAUGGCUUUGAUACUGGCAACAUUGGCGGUGUUUUGAAGCUGGCCGCUUUCAGGCAUGCUUUUGGCCUAGAUGUACUGUCUGAAGCUGAGAGGGACACGAGGUCCGGAAACAUAGCAGCAAUGGUAGCAGCAGGGGGUGCCGGUGGUGCCCUCCUCGGUGCACCGGCAUCCGACUACCUCGGUCGCAAAUAUGCCGUCCUCGUCUCGGCCGGUAUCUUCCUCCUGGGCUGUGCGUUCCAGGAAGUGGCCGACCUGGGCGUAUUUUACGCCGGUCGCUUAUUUUCCGGAAUCGCCAUCGGCAUGACGUCCAUGCUGGCACCACAAUACCUGGCCGAGGUGGCACCAAAGUCCAUCCGAGGAUCCCUGACGACGACGUACAACCUCAUGAUUGUGACGUGCCUGGCGUUGGCCUUUUGGGUCAACUAUGGCGUGUCCAUCUGGGCGACAAACAAGCUCGACAAUACUGGCUGGCGGUUGGCUUUGGGCAUCCAGAUGAUUCCAGGGGCGGCUUUGUUCAUCUUGACAUUUUUUGUCCUCGAAAGCCCUCGCGCCCUCAUCUCGCGUGGUAAAAAAGACCUCGGCCUCAAAAACAUCACCGCCCUCCGAGGCCUCCCCGCCGAGCACCCCUAUGUGGCCCGUGAAUACAUGGAGAUCUGCGCUCAGGUCGACGCGGAGCAAGAGUACGCCGUCGGAAACAACUACCUCGUCGUGGCCAAGGACGUCAUCACCAACGCCAGCAACCGGCGACGCUUCUUCUUGGCCGUCAUGCUGUUCCUGUUCCACAAGUUCACGGGCACCGACAGCCUCAACUACUUUGCUCCCGACAUCUUCAACAUGAUCGGCGUCCCGUCCGGCUCUUCCAGUCUGCUCACCACAGGCGUGUAUGGCUUGGUCAAGAUGUUCACGACCCUCGUCUACGUCACCGUCAUUGUCGACCGCGUUGGCCGCAGGCUGCCGCUCAUGGUCGGCGCGACAAUGCAAGCCACGGCCAUGCUGUACCUGGCGCUGUACAUUCGGUUCGCCGAGGGCAGCGGCGGCAUCUCCCAGGGUGGCAGCGGCGGUGGUACGCCGGCCGGCGGCAUCGUGGGCAUCAUCUGGAUCUACAUCUAUGCCUUUGGGUGGUCGUUUGGACACUCGGUCGCGCCGUACGUGGUGGCGGCCGAGAUCUUCCCGCCGCGCAUCCGCUCCGUGUGCAUGGGCAUCUGUCUGUUUGUCAACUGGAUCGUCGACUACGGCAUCACGCUGGCGACUCCCACCAUGAUGACGCAGCUUGGCUACGGGACGUUUUUGAUCUACGCCAUGCUCACCUACAUUGGCGUCGUGUUUGUGUACUUUUGCCUGCCCGAGCUCAAGGGCAGGAGUAUAGAGUCCAUGGACGACCUGUUCCAGAGGAGCAUCUGGACCAUGUGGCGUCAUGCGUACCCGACCGAGGAGGAGAAGGUGCGCCACGAUGUGCAAGACAUGAUUGUGCAAAAGGAGCAGCAGCUGGCCGAGGAGGAGGAUGCGAGGAAGAAACAGACGGAGCACAUCGAGGCUAGGUAGUUGGUUGGUCUGUUGUUUGCUGUUUUUUUGGGUUUGGUUGCAUGCUGGUUUGUGUUAGUCAAGGUUCUAGAAGGCACUAGCUUAUGCUUAGUUCAGUCUUGCAUGUUUUCUGUCUGCAUCCAUCA